UUUCUUUGGUGCAAUUUUUUUUUGUAUUCCCGCUUCUCAUUUUCGAUAUUUCAAUUCUGUAGAGACAGCAACACGGAUCAUGGUGUGUUAUUGAUAUUUUCAUAAUAUUACAAGUGUUUUGUAGUGGUCGGCGGUCGCGGAAACGUCGUCAACAGGUGGGGAGGGACAUGCGGUACAUCAGUCCUGACUCCUGUCCGUCUGUCCGAUUCUUCACACAGUUCUCAGGUUUCCCCCAUGAAGCUCAAUCGUGGAAGAUACACAUUCCGGUUUCAGCCUCAGGAGAGAAGAAUUAACAAUAAAAUCAAUGUGUUCGGACAGACAGAUCCUGAAAACACUUGUGAUGGUUUCAGUAUUUCUCCUGCCCCUCAGCUGUGUCUGUAAAGGAUGUAAAGCAGCUGAAUAUAAAAUAGGUCCGGAGUGCUGUCCUAUGUGUGCACCAGGGUUCCAUGUGUACAAACACUGUACAGAACGCACCAGUACCUCCUGUGUUCCCUGUACUGGAUCCACUUUCACUGACAAACCAAACGGUGUUACUAAAUGUGGUCCCUGUACCCUGUGUGACCAUGGUCUUAGUUUGAAGACAGUGAAGGAGUGUAAACCCUCUUCAGACGCAGUGUGUGGAGCCCUGGAAGGGAACUAUUGUAUUGAUCCUUAUGAAGGAGGAUGUAGAGCAGCAAAGGAACACACAACCUGCAAACCUGGACACUUCAUCAGACACCCUGGAACAGACUCUACUGACACCGUGUGUGAAAUCUGCCCUGAAAGGUCUUUCUCAAAUGGAUCUUCAAUCUCCUGUACACCACACACAGAUUGUGAAUCCAAAGGACUUCCUACAAUCAAACCAGGAGACAGUGUGUCAGACUCUCAGUGUGGAAAUAAGAGUUGGGAGAUGAUCGUAUUUUUGAGUUUACUAGGAAUGUCAGUAGUAUUACUAGCUGGAGGAGGAGUAAUAGGAUAUUUUUUUUAUAUCAAAAGAAAAAGAAAACAACCUAACCGGGUGUUACGGAUGCGGAGGAAGGACGUGCAGCACGGAAGCACAACUUCUGAAGCGACAUUUUCUGCAUAAGGUUCAAAGGGCGCACACGGAAAACCCAAAGGCUGUCCCUAUGAUGACAUAAAGAUCAACUCAGAUUCAGUCAGAGAUCAACAAGAGCAGUGAAAAACCCACCAAGAAACCAUUUACCACACUGGACACUUGAAUCUGGGACUGAUCUGGGAUCAGUUAGUGGCCUUUCAGAGGACCUCAGUUUUCACAUCUUAAGGCAUAAAAAAGAAGAGGAGGAAAAAGAUGGAAAAUGUAGGAAAUAAUAUUUGGUGAAAACUGCUGAACACAUGUUUUUGAAAGGGUUCCACAGAUGAAUUAUGGGUAAUGGAUGGCCAAAGACACAUUUCCAGGAGGAUCUCUGGUUCAUACCAUGACCGCACCUUGCAUCUUGUUUACACCAGAGAACAGAAGUGUGUACUUUAACUGUCCAGCUGUGUAACCCUGCCCAGGUCUUGCAGAGAAGCCAAAGUUAUCAUCCAUGGACCGCCAUGACAUAUGAGCUCAUCGAGGAGUUCCACUUCUGCUCCAUUCUUGAUGGCAACAGGACAACUUGGUUUACAUCUGAGAACCACCGAGAGAAGGUCACGCAUUGAUACGUUACAUUUACUGAAGACGGUCGCUGCUGGUCUUUGUGCCUUUAGACUCUAACUGAAGGAACACCAACAAACAGUGCUUGACAUCAAGACACUGGACAGAGAAACAGCACGUUGUGGUCACGCUUCCAUCACAUGUGACAUCUGGUACAGGCUCAACUUCCUCUUUUUCAAAUGCAGUAAACUGUUUCUGGAUACAAUUCAGUAUUCAUUCCUUUUUCUCUUUGGCUGUUUUGUGAUAAAACCAUUGUUUAUUGUUCGCUGUGUGCGUCUCCCAGUACAAAGUAUAAUAAAACAGCAGCAGAAGUAGGACAAGCAGUACAAUUUACAGUUCUAAACCCGAAACAAAGGCAGCAGCCGGAACCACUUCGGACUCUUGACAAGAUCACAUAUUUUUGUGAAUAACACAAUGUGUUAAUAUUUGUUUCAAUGUGAUAUUU